CACGGACGAGUGGCCCCCCUAUCGCCCCGUAGUCCUUUUCAUGUAACACGUUUGGUCUUCCUCUUGCUCGACCGUAACAUCGCCCUCUCCUCUUCACGACUGAAUCUCGAUCUCUGACUUACAGCAGAGGCUGGAUAGACAUUUCCCACCCUCCUGAACACUCGAAUCCGCGUCGAGAUAACAACCUUUGAACAUGUCUUCUGCGACGGUUGAGAAGGCCAAGGCCGCCGUGGCCGCCCCAACUCCUUACAAGACGCCCGACUUCUCGCUGCGCGACUAUGCCAGCUUCUUCGCGUCGGGUGGUCUUGCUGCCACGCUCUCGCAUGGUGCCAUGACCCCCAUCGAUGUCGUCAAGACACGUAUCCAGAUCGACCCCGCCCUCAAGGGCAACUCGCUCUUGACUGCGGGUCGCAAGAUCGUCGCUGCUGAGGGCCCCGGCGGCCUUUUGACCGGUUUCGGACCUACCGCGGCUGGAUACCUGCUCCAGGGCGGUGCCAAGUUCGCGGGCUACGAGUUCUGGAAAAAGUUCUUUGUGGACAAGGUUGGCUACGAUGUUGCUGUUCAGCACCGCACUGCCAUCUACCUGGGUUCCGCCAGUAUUGCCGAGUUCUUCGCGGACAUCCUCCUCACUCCCCUCGAGGCCACCCGAAUUCGUCUUGUCUCGAACCCCAAGUACGCGACGGGCCUGUUCAGUGGCUUCACCAAGAUUCUGCGUACCGAGGGCGUUGGCUCCCUGUACGCUGGCUUCAUCCCCAUCCUCUUCAAGCAGAUUCCGUUCGCCAUCGGCCAGUUCACUGUCAAUGAGCGUGCGACCGAGUUCAUUUACAACCAGAUGACCCCGGAGACGAAGGCGAACCUGUCGGGCUCUGCCAAGGUUGGUGUCACCUUGACGUCUGGUGUUAUUGCUGGUAUCGCCGCAGCUAUCCUGAGUCAGCCUGCCGACACUCUCCUCUCCCAAAUUAACAAGGGCCAUGGACCCGAGGGAACCAUGCUGCAGCGCCUCUGGGCGCUAGCCAAGCAGGCCGGUUUCCGUGGACUCUUCGCCGGUCUUGGCCCAAGGAUGCUCAUGACUGCUGGUCUGGUCAGCUCCCAGUUCGUCAUGUACGAUGGCAUCAAGAAGGCCUUCGGUGCUCGGCCCGGCAUUGAGAUUCACAAGGAGGAGAAGAGUGCCUAGAUUGAAUAAUUGGAUGAGCAAGCGAGAGCAAACGUGCGACAUCGUCGAACGAGACAUGCUCGUGUGUGUUUGCAUCUCAUUGUCUUACGAUGAUCGCAACUUAGAACCCUCGGCUUCAGUCUGUAGACGGACAGAUGACGAGAUGGAAGUCCACGGAUGUGCUGUUGUUGA